GUCUUCACCGGUGUCUCGUUAUGAUCACACUCAGUGAUUUUGCCCCUGCAUACGUUCAGCUCAUAACUCAUCAGUUUUCAUUCUCGUUUUGACUAAAACUUGAUAUCAUCACCUACAUCCUGUGACGGCGCCAGCAGAGUCUCGUGUUUUUGCGUCCGGUGCACUUUGCUCAGCCUGUCGGUGAAAAGUCAGUGUGAGUAGAACACGAGUGCAGAAGCGUCAGCAGGAACCUGGAUCAGGGCUCUUCAGGGAUACAGAUACAGUACUGAGAUCAUACACAGCUGGAGGCUGGUGUGAGGAAGCGGCACUGCCAUGGCGUCCGGACCGGGCUCGGUGCCCGUGGUUCAGUCCUCCGUGGGCCCCACUGCCACUGACCAGCUCUUCCGGAAGCCCAGAGACUCGAUGGGCUCGUCUACACACUACAGACCCCCACGUUCCCUCCCUGAUGUCUGCCCCAAGGAGCCUACAGGUGAGGUGCGGGGGCUGAGCGACGCUCCCUCAGUGGUAGCAGAUCAGCAUCGUUGGACGGUGUAUAACUCUAAGGUGAACCUGCCGGCGGCGCUGAACGAUCCGCGGCUGGCCAAGCGCGAGUCCGACUUCUUCACCAAGACCUGGGGAGUGGACUUCACUGAGGAGGAGGUGAUGCCUUCAUACAGCCUGCCCAUCAUCACAGCAGAGCACUUCAGCACCUACCUGAACAACACUGCUCAGAGGGAGAAAAUCCACAAGCGGUGUAAAAACAUCUGCUCCAGUAAAGACGACCUCUCCAUCCCUAACAUCACAAACAAUCAUGAUAAAGCCAAAGAGGAGCUCGAGCAGGUGCCCAAGAUCUUCAUGAGGCCUGACUUCGUACUGAGUGAACCGGCCACCUUCAGCGCCGUGUUGCCGUGGUCACAUUUCAGCGUCGCCGGAGGAAAGAGCAGUCGGGAUGCUGCGUCGUCACGGUUACUGCAGGAGAAAUUGAGUCAUUACCUGGACGUGGUGGAGGUGAGCAUCGCGAGACAGAUCUCUAUGCGCUCGGAGGCUUUCUUCCACGCCAUGUCGUCUCAGCACGAGCUACAGGAGGAGCUCUGUGAGGCAGCGGGAGCAGUGAGGACGCUGCGGGAGCACACGGCCAGCAUGGGGCGCACCAUGACGCGUGGGCCUUUACGGGCACUACGGCACACGGUCACACGCAGGAACUGCAUUACACUGCACAGUAAACUGAAGCUGAUGGCGGCGGUACAGCAGACACAACCCACUGUGCAGCUGCUGCUAUCAACAUCAGAGUUUGUGGGAGCGCUGGAGCUCAUCAACACCACCAAGGAGGUGCUGCAACAGGAGCUCCAGGGCAUCCACAGCUUUAGACACCUCGGCUCUCAGCUGUGUGAAAUGGAGAAGCUGAUCGAUAAGAUGAUGGUGGCAGAUUUCACCACUUACUCUAGGAGUGACCUCAACCGAGCCUUUGAGGACGACAACCAAGUGCUAGAGAAGGACCGGCUGCAGUCUCUGGUCUUUGGCCUGCUGAGACAAAGGAAGCUGGAUUUUCUGGACAUCUACAGUGAGGAGAUGAUGCAAGCAGCCAAGGGCAUCGUCAGACAGUGUGUGAUAAGAUCUGUGUCUCAGAUUGAGGAGAUCGACACAGACGUUGUUGUGAAGAUGCAUGAUCAGAUGAGGUUCAUGACGUUUGCUCAGUGGUUUGAGCUCCUGCAGAACGUCUUUGAGUAUUUUCUGCUCUUCCUCACCAGGAUCAAGGCCACUCUCGGUGUGAUCCGGAACGUUGUUCUGGAAGUCCUCGACAGCAGCCAGAGGAACCGAGCCGCCGACGUGUGUGCGCUUACCGGCUCGGUGGAGAACGAAGACGAGGACGAGGAGGAGGAAUCCGGUCUCCGUCCGGGAGAAGCCGAGCUCGCCUUCCUCACACACGAGGGGCUGUUCAUCAGCGAUGCGAUAAACGAAGCCGAGCGCCGUGGCAACAGUGUGAACGCUCAGACCAGAGCACAGGCGAAAGAGGAAGUUUCAGGAAGCGACUCUGCCUCAUGCACUACAGAGUCGUCCUCCAGCAGGGAGCACAUCAUAAACACUACCUCCUCCCUGCCCACAGGGGGCACCGCUGCACUUGAGGAUCUGAUGCCAUCUGAUCUGGAGCUGGGCAGAAUCGCCAACAACAUCCAGGAGCUGCUGUACACCGCUUCAGACAUCAGCCAUGACCGCUGUGUCAAAGUCCUGCUAGCUAAGGCCAAGGACGGUUCUCUGGAGCGUCUCAGUUCAGCAGAGUUCGUGUGUGUGAGCCGAGCGGUGGAAGCCUUCGCAAAGGACACAGAGGCUCUGUGCUGCAGGAGGAGUGUGAGUCUGCGGGGGGCGCUACAGAGUCAGGCCAACCGCUUCGUCCAUCGCUUCCAUGAUGAGCGAAAGACCAAGCUAAGUUUAUUGUUGGACACAGAACGGUGGAAACAGGCUGAAGUUCCUGCUGAGUUCCAGCACCUGGUUAACUCCAUCGCUGACGGACACAUCACACUGCCUGAACGCAAACCUGCAGGUCCAGAAGACAAGAAGACGAGUGACUUCCUGCUGGUUGAUGGACAGAAGUAUGCUGUUGUUGGGACGGUGCUGCUGCUGAUCCGGAUGUUUCUAGAAUACUGCCAGUGUGUGAACGACAUCCCGUCCAUCACCACUGACAUGCUGACACGCCUGUCAGACCUCCUCAAGCACUUCAAUUCCCGCAGCUGUCAGCUGGUGCUCGGCGCUGGAGCUCUGCAAGUGGUGGGACUAAAGACCAUCACCACGAAGAACCUGGCUCUGGUGUCUCGGUGUCUGCAGCUGGUUGUUCACUACAUCCCUAUAAUCCGAGCUCACUUUGAGACCAAACUCCAACCCAAACAGUACAGCGUUCUGCGCCAUUUCGACCAUAUCACCAAGGACUAUAAUGACCAUAUAGCUGAGAUCUCAGCAAAGCUGGUGGCUAUCAUGGACAGCCUGUUUGAGAAAGCACUAUUCAAGUAUGAAGUAAAGGCUCCGAUGCCUUCACUGUGUUUCCGUAACUUGUGCAAGCAGAUGGCAAAAAUGCAUGAGGCCAUCAGCGAGCUCCUACCUGAGGAACAGACUCAGAUGCUGUUUCUGAGGAUCAAUGCCAGUUUUAAGCUCCACCUGAAGAGACAACUGGCUCGACUUGGGGUGGUGAACGAUGGCGGACCGCAGCACGGGUUGGUGGUGGUGGACGUGGCCUUUUACACAGAGAACAUUCAGGUUCUGCGCUCGCUCGAGCGGUUGGACUUAAACAUGCCUGAGAUCUGGGAGCAGAAGAGGUGAUGACGGACACCGGGGCCUUCCAAUCGGGUCUAACACCGAGCUGCACCCAGGACCUCCUGCUUCUCCCUCCCUCCUCUUUUUUUGGAGGACGUGAGGUCAGAGGUCACACAAGAACUGAACACUGUAAUACGAGACCGCAUCGUAAACACACCUUUUUACCUCCUCGUCCAGAACUGCUGUGACACUCUGUUGUUUUCUUUUCCGGAACGAUCCAGCGUCAGACUGUCACUUCCAAGUGACCAAUCAGGAUAAGUUAAGGGAUCCUCUGUGGGCGGGAACUUUCUUCUUCUGUCGGGUUUAAAGCUCAGUGCCUCCUCAUGUGCUGUGGAUCCAGUGCAGCUCUACACUCGGGUGCAAUCCUGUCAAAUUAUUGCUUACGGACUGAAACGGAGAAUAAAUUAUGAUUUUUGUUUAUUUUGAUGUUUAUAUAAGCUACAGUGGGUUUAAACAUGUAAACUUGGAUAAUUUAUUUUCUUCUGGUCUGAUUUUACUGAACGAUUUUUUUGCGUUUUUUGUUUUUAUUUUAAUAACAGAUCGUACGGAGAGAUGUUGGUUGUCAUGAGGUGCGGCAUGUUCAGACUUUCGCUCAUUAAAACCCUUUUAGCCUCCCAGUAUUUUCACACCGAGGCUGACAUUCUCCUCCAGUAGAAGAAAUCACAUUACACAUGACUCCAGGUUUAUUCGGUCUAUUCCGGAGGCUGUGAAGUCCUUGUAUAUCCAGGCCACCUUUAAUUAAAUCAUAACUUUAAGCGCUCUCUGCUCAAGACUUUGUAUCUUCGUUACUGCCGAUCGCUGCAUUAACAGCCCGAAUGUUGUCUUCUCGUCAGAUCUCCACCCGUUUGUCCAUCGUUAAAAUGCUCAGCACGGCAUUGACUCGCGUUCCCGAUGCCGUUAAUUUGUCCCAAUAAGUCCAGCUGCGCUCUGCAUCGUGUCUUGGACCAGACAGAUCACCAUACGUUACACAUCGGGUUGUCGAUCAGUAGCGAGAGACGACGAGAGAAACACAUGCUGUUUGUUUUUGCUUUUAUUAUAGUUUGGGCAGAUUUUUAUGCAAAUAGGUGAAAUCUCAUCCCUCAAAACAAAAGACAACACACUAACACAUUUACUGGGAAUUCCAGAGAAACUGGAACUGAACAGGUUUUUUUUAAAAUAUAACUGAAUGCACAACAAACGUUUUUUGUUUUUUUUGCCUCUGAUGUUCAUAACAUAGAAAUAAAAUAAACAAUACUAAGUGUGAGAGCACUCACCUGAGUUUAACCACAGCACUGUCUUGGUCAAAAGUGCCUACUUUUGUUUUACCGUUAAAGACAUUCUGUUCUGAACGACUUACAGCCACACAUGUGUGUGUGUGAGAGAGAGAGAGAAAUCUGACGGCAUGCUCGAUUAUUUUUUUUAAUUGGGAACGUGACUUUAAAUAAACCCGGAUUGUAAAAGUUAA